ACCACGCAAUGGUGGAUUUAGAUCUCCAAACAAGUUAAGAAGUAGCUCUGAUCAUAGACUUAGAACUAGAUCUAGAUCUAGAUCCUCUAGAUCUAAAUUAUAAAUAGAUAAAGUAGAUUCUAAUAGAAUCUAGAUCUAGAGUUGGAUUUAAACUAACACUAACUUAUCAGUAAACGAUAAACAUGGACAGUAGCGAAAGUGAUACUCCCUGUGAACAAGCACUUGCGGUUGAUGAAAACUGUGAUGAUGAUUACGACCUCAGUAUUCCACCAACAUCUGGAAAUGAAUACUUACGCCGUGUUCGGCAGGAAGCCAUGGGAUGUCCCAAAGUUGUUGUGGCAGAUUUAGAUACCAGUGCAUUCCUUUCUCAACAAACUGUUAAGGUUUCCGAGCCUGGGGGCCUAUUACCUGUGCCACAGAACUACAAAGCUUCUCAAUGUUGGCAGAAGUUGCAAGUUGCAGAGUUUGCUUCUCUCAGACAGAAAUUAGUACAGUAUAGAUCUCUGGUCAAACAGAAAAAGAUAGCUUUAUCAGCACCAAAUCUGCCUCAUGCAAACAAUGCAGAAAACUGGUGCAGGUUAUGUUUUGGUCGUCUCAAACUCAAGACUCUAAAACCAAUGAUAGACAACUCUCGUAUGGACGAUCAGAGCACAGACAAUGUUGAAACAGAGUUUGGUGAAGAAGGCACGCCUCCAUUGUUGCAGAUAAUUGUACACAUGACACAGCAUCAAGUUACAAGUGUUCUGGAAUAUCAUGUCAACUGGUUGGAAGCGACUGGGUUUUCAUCAAGACAAGGUCGUUGGUUCUUUGCUUUAUUAGCUAGUCUUCAAAAACCUCUAACUCCUGAAGUCUGCUCAUGGAUUAGACGAUUAGCUCGUCUUUGUUCUAACAUCAGAGCAUCACUGGACAGCCCUGAUGAUCCCAGGCUUAACGAACUGAAUUUAAUUAUCUGUUUGGUGUCCCGCUACUUUGAACAGAGUGAUCUAGCUGAUUCAUGACAGGACAAAUCUUGCAGCAAAAGUUUCCAGUUGUAGAAUGUCAUUGUGAGGAGUAAAAAAUUUUAUGUUGGACGACUCACUGAAUGUUCCUAGAAGUUUUUUUAUUUUCUGAUGCUAGGAUUUUUAUGUGUGAAAAGAUUUGAGAAUUAUUCAGCAUUAAAUUGUAUAUAUAA